AUAUAUACAUAGCGUGAAUAAAUUUUUUUUGUGCUUUGCUGAUUUCUGAUUUAAAAAUGUGAUUUUUUUAAUCUUUUUGUCGAAUUCAUGAAUCUAAGCGGUUUUCCAACUCUCGCGCGAGGGACCGUCAUGAAAAUUUGCCUUGACAUCGACAAUAAAUUUCCACUCACAGUCAAGUGUGCGCCAGGAAACGCUAAGAAGUUGACGUAUCAGUUACGGACGGAAUUGGACUUGCCGUGAUUUAUUUAUCGAAGCAAAGCGAGAAAAUGCGCGAGAGGAUGACGGACGAUCUAAUAUGGUACACAGAACCUAAUUGAGUAACUCUUUAGACGAAGGCGGCAACUGGGAAUUGAUGCAGGUCGAAUUUGUAUGACGUUAUAGGUUAAUUAUUCGAUCGAGAAAUGAUUGUUUGUCCCAUUACGCCGGCUUUUGAUUUUUGACAGAAAAUGGUAGGAAGAACGGCGUGAGCAGAGGAACACAGUGUUAGGCACGACACAUGACGAAAGUAAUAAUGAAUAAAGAAAUGCCGUUAAGUGUGGAGUGGACACCAAAUGCAUACAUGAACAAUUCUUUGGAUCACUUGUUGCCGGGGGAUAGAAAUCAGGAUUUCUUAAUAAUAAAGCAGGAAGCAGAGUUCUUUCAGAGCACUCUGAAUUCGCAGUCCGUGCAAAACAAAGUUGUACAAGUUUUGUCCAAAGAGAGGGACAAGGAAAUCAAGCAACAAAAUAGUUAUUCAGAUGCAGUGGCAACACCCUGUCAAACGGACUCUUUAAAUCAGCUGCCCAAAAGAUUGACCGACAGUUCAGAGAGAUUAUAUAGUAGAGGUCGCAUUGACGUAAUAGAGAUGACGGUAGACUCAACGUUGAACUAUAAAUAUUUUUUCGUUUACGAAGAUCAGCUUUCCGAGUUUGUCGUGCUGAAGGCCCUCCGUAGCGAUACGGCCAAAGAGGUCGCGGCGAAUCUGUUAGAUGUAUUGGGGAUCAUAGGGGCACCGCGAGUGCUACAGAGCGGCAAUGGACGUAAGUUUGCUGAACAAGUUGUACACGAGCUACGCUCGCUGUGGAAUGAUUUGUUCAUACUGCACGGGGACGCGUCUAAGUGUGAAGUUAGCUACAGGGAUUUUAAGAGCUCGCUCGAAUCCUGGCUGAGAAAAAAUCCAACUAGGACCUGGUGCGAGGGGCUGAACUCCGUGCAGAUCGUUCACAACACGACGUACCGCUGUCAGAACGGCAGAGUUCCAUAUGACAUACUGUUCAGGCAAAAUGCACGCGAGAGUUUUCGAGGUGUAGAAAAAGAUGUGGAAAGUCUGAGGACGGAGGAAGAAUGGAUCAAAUAUUUGUCGAAUAAGAGGAACGGAGAUGUGGCUGCGACGACGGAAGACGCGCAGAGUACAUCAAUUAUCAAUCAAUGCGAAGAAAACAAAAACGCACUUUCGAAAGCCGACGAUGUAAAUAUCUUUAGUUAUGUCAAUGUGAAAAAUGAAUGUCUGACGAGUAAUGCUGCGUGCACGCUGGAUUCAACGUCUACAGAUGAGACAGACGUGAAGAAUGAAUCGAAGAUCAACGAAGAUACUCAAUCCCUCAAAUGCAAGUACUGUCAAAAACAGUACAUGAAAAUAGGGCAUUUGAAGAACCACAUGAGGACUCACAAAGCGAAGGAGGUUCUCCAUUGUAAGCUGUGCAAUAAAACAUUUAGCGUUCCGAGAUUGUAUGCGAAGCAUAUGAAGCAGUCGCACGGACAGGAUAAAUUAGCCGAUAAGAAAAGAGAGGUACCAGUCAGAAAAACGAGAAACAAUGCCAAUGCAUUUACAGCUACGUCUAAUAAGGAAAAAUCUGUGAUUCAAACAGCACGUGGGACGUCCAAGCUCGAGGCUUCGAACGAAGACUGCGAUUCGCUGGACACGAGAGAGUCUCCCGGCAAGGCCGGUAAGAGCCCUAAUCAAAGCGGGAGACGGAAGCCGCCCGCGGAGAGUCGCGUGUCGAAGGUGCAAUCUUUAAAGUGUACGUAUUGCAAGCAAAAAUUCAGCUUCCCGAGCGUGCUGGAGAGGCACAUGCGAUCGCACACGAACGAACGGCCGUACGUGUGCGAGGUGUGCAACAAGAGCUUCAAGCAGCUAGGUCAUCUCAGUCAGCACUCGCUGACCCAUCACGACUAUCGGUCCUUCCAGUGCACGGUAUGCGGCGUGAAGUUCGACUCGCUGGAUCUGCUGAAGCAACACGCGCACUCGCACAAAGGUGACACGACAACGGCGGCGGCGGCGGCGGCGUCCAAGAUACGCGACGUUUAUCGUCUGUUCGAGUGCGACAGCUGCAAGAAGGUGUUCACGACCAAGAGCGUGCUGGAGCGGCACAUAUUCACGCACACGCAGGAGCGUCAGUACGACUGUAAGGUGUGCGGCAAGCGGUUCAAGCAAGCGGGCCACGUCAAGUCGCACAUGCUGGUGCACACGGGCGAGCGGCGCUUCCAGUGCACCGUGUGCUCGAAACGCUUCAGCCUGUCGAACUCGCUGAAGAAGCACAUGUACGUGCACAACGGCGAGAAGCCGUACCAGUGCGACGUGUGCGGCGCGCGCUUCCUCGAGAAGCGCAAUCUCAACGGCCACCUGCUGACGCACACCAACGAGCGUCCGUACUGCUGCAAGAUCUGCGGCAAGCGGUACACCCUGGCGGACACGCUGCGCCGUCACGUCAGCGCCGCGCACGAGGACGGCCGCACGUAUCAGUGCGAGAUCUGCGCCAAGAUGUUCAAGCAACUGGCGCAUCUGUCGGUGCACAAGAAGGUGCACAACGAUGAGCGGCCGUUCCAGUGUCACCUCUGCGAGAAGAACUUCAAGCACAAGAACGUGCUCAAGUCACACCUGGCGAUCCACGCGAACGUACGGCCGUUCGAGUGCGACGUGUGCAAGGCGACGUUCGUGAGGAAGACGAAUCUGCAGACGCACAUCUCGUCCGCGCACAUGAACGAGCGCCCGUACACCUGCACCAUCUGCGGCAAGCGCUUCAAGCAGAUCAGCCAUCUCAACGGCCACGUGGUCGUGCACAGCAAUCUGAUGCCGUACAAGUGCGACUACUGCGACCGCCGGUGCAAUCGACUCGACAACCUGAAGAAGCAUAUGCGCCUCCAUACGAAGAACAAGGAAUAAAAGAGAUGUGACUCUUGACGAAUUAAUACCUUGUUCGAGACACCCGAACGGAGGUACUAGGGCUAAUAAGAGAAUGAUUAACUGUAGUAAUCGGCACGAAUGAGAUAUCCCAGUAAAUGGAAAUGGAUUAAAAUAGAUUGAAAACAAUUCAUUUCAACGUUCGCGAAUGCGUUUCCGAAAAUCUCAGAUCUAUUUCAAUGCCCAAUACUUUUAUAUUUAUUUAUAGGAAUUGCAUGAAGCACAUUU